GCGUGCCCUUUGUGCUUCAUCCCACCAGCAGUCGCUGGCUUGUGGGGUUCAGCCGCAAUGCUGGCAGGAGCCGGAAAGGUCAAGGAGGACAGCGACGCGUGCUGCGAGUGCUCAUCGAAGGCGAGCUCCAGCAGCACAGAAGCGGGGUUCCCGUUCCGCAACGGCGCCGCCCUCCUGGGCCUUGGCGGAGCCCUUCCUCUGGCUUACCUGGGCUACAGGCGGUGGCCGCGACACCCGGCAACAGCAGUCGCGGCACUGUCGGCGAGCUCCCUUGCCGUUGGACUCUGCAUGGCCCAGCUGACCUCUAAGGAGGUGCUUCGGCUGCCGAAGCCUACCGAGCGAGCUGCGCUGUUAAACUAA